AUGACCUAGAUGAUAUAUUUCUGCUUCGGAUUGCUCAACAGGUCAGACCGCAUGAUUACCUCAUUUUGGGUAUCAUUCUUCGACUAGAAUAUUCAGAAAUCGAAGCAAUCAAAUCAAGCAACCCACAUAAUUCUAAGGUCUGGGUAUUCCUGGUGUUAAGAGAAUGGAUACAAAGACAAAACGAAAAUGUAAACCAAAAAACUGUGCUUGCAGAGGCUCUUCGGGAUUUGGGAAGAAUGGACCUUGCAAGAAAAGUGAAGGUUGACAUAAAACCAGCAACGGGACAAUAUUUAACUACUGAAAGAAGCGAUGUCGUUCAAAUUGGAGAAGAUUCUAACCUCACUGUACAAAUAAUUGUGGAUCUUAAAACCCGGAAAACCCCUGUUAAGCUAG